AUGUCGCAAAUCUCGGAAUUCCGUAAGAAGAAGUUGCUGUACGUAUUCAAUGUAUUCUUCGAUGUCAACCAAAGCGGCGAAAUCGACCGUAAGGAUUUUGAAUUAGCAAUUGAGAAAAUCUGUGAACUUCGCGGGUGGCCCACAGGUAACCCGAAGAAUGUAGAAACGCACGAUAGCAUGUUCAAGAUCUGGGAAGGCUUGCGCUCCAAGGCGGAUAAAGAUAACGAUGGACAGGUGUCAGUUGACGAGUGGUGCAUCAUGUGGGAUGCUUAUGCUAAGGAUCCAAGCAGUGUCAUGGAUUGGCAAUUGAGAUAUAUGAAUUUCAUGUUUGAUCUUGAAGAUGCCUCACACGACGGAACAAUCGAUGGUGAUGAAUUCUCGAUUGUGUGCUCCAGCUACGGCGUUGAUAAAAACGAGUGCCAGGAGGCAUUCAAAAAGAUGUCAAAGGGCGAAGUAGAAGUAAACCGAGAACAAUUCGCUGAAUUAUGGCGUGAAUACUUUUCAUCAGAUGAUCCAGCCUCACCCGGUAACUUCAUAUUUGGCAAAACAUCUUUUUAA